GGUCGUUCGGCUGUUGGAUUAGGAAUCGAUCAACUAAAUUGAGAAAGGCAUCAGUAGAGACCUGAUCAUCAAUUGUAUCAUCACUGGGGUAUCAUCAUUUCUCUACCGUAAUCGGCAUUCAUCCAUUGAUCCUGCUCCAAGAUUUUUUCCCGUUCCAUUAAUGCAAGCUUCUCCGAGAGCUCUCCGAAUCUUUCCCUGGUCCUCAUAUACCACGAACCUCCGCAGAUUCGUCCCAAGUCAGCGUACAAACUUGCAGCCAGUUCAUACCUCCAUCAUUUCCCGUCCGCAUAUACGAAACAACCACACCUCCCCAUCCGCCAAAAUGGCCGCCGCAGUCAAUGUUUCCGUCGACAAGGCCCACUCGACCAUCGAGUCCGCCAAACGAAAAGCCGCCUAUGCCGCGGUCGCCGCACACUUCGACAGCUCAAUGCCCUUCGUCGGCAUCGGCAGCGGGAGCACGAUCGUCUACGGCGUGGAGGCCAUCGUCGAGCACUUGAAGACACACCCGCCGCCGGCGGGACACAUCAACUGGUUCGUGCCGACGGGCUACCAAUCACGGAAGGUGAUCGAAGCGGCAGGGCUCAACCCCUUGAGCUUCGACAGUCUGCCCGCGGAUGCGAUGCUCAGCGUGGCGUUCGACGGCGCAGACGAGGUGGAUUCGGAUCUGAACUGCAUCAAGGGCGGCGGGGCGUGUCUGUUCCAGGAGAAGCUGGUGGCGCUGCGGGCGAAGAAGUUCGUGUGCAUUGCGGAUUACCGCAAGAAGCAGGAGAAUCUCCUGACGGGCUGGCCGGCGAUUCCGAUCGAGAUCGUGCCGAUGGCGGAGAAGCCGGUGUUGGCGGCGUUGCGGGCGUUGGGCAGUACGGAUCCCAAGGUCCGCGAGGUGACCGGUCAGGCCAAGGCCGGUCCGCUGCAGACCGAUCAGAACUUCUACAUUGUCGAUGCGCCGUUCCGGAAGCUGUUGAACCGCAGCGACGUACGGGCGUUGAGGGUUGCGCAUGUCGAGGACCCGGGCUACACGGUCCCUGAGCUAGCAGAGGCGAUCAAGAGUAUCCCGGGUGUCCUGGAGGUGGGUCUCUUCUGGGGUAUCAAUGGAGAUGAAGCGGCGAAGAAGGGGCUGAAAGGUCAAGGUGGGCAAAAGCCCGUAGCCGUCUACUUCGGCAUGAGUGACGGCGAGGUCUCUGUGCUAGAAGCGAAGAAAUCCGACGAUGAGCAGUAGAGGAUCAGCAUGCCCAAUUUGCAAUGAGAUCCGGAGAGCAUUUCGCGUCGAGGCAUACGUGGGCCGGGGAACGACUGGCGCACAGCGUGCAGACCCAGCUCCAAGAUUCGAUGCAUACAUUGUGCACGAAAGUGACGACCUUCACAGUCUUCAAUAAUUCGGUGGCUUCGCCACGAAAUCCAUGGCACGACGACACGUUGUGAAAAAUGAGUGAAAAUGUUGAUCGAAAAGCCAUGCCAUACAAGUGCUCGCCGUGAGCGUCUCUGUAUGUCACGUUGAUGUAUCAUUAUGCAAGUCAUGCCAUCGUGCAAAAUGCUGUGCCACGCCACCAGGAAACGCUACAAAUCCGCCCCGCUAUGCUAUGCUAUGCUAUGCUUUGCAAUAUCAUAUAUUUCCGCAGUGCCAUG